AUGCUGCAUUUCAAUUUUAGCUGGAAUUUCUAUGUCUUUUCUUAUGGCUUGGGUCGUGCCUGGGAAGAAAGUAUGCAGAAGAUCGUAACAUUCAGCACUGUCGAACACUUUUGGAGCAUUAUGUUCCACACCCUUCCUCCUUCAGAAAUUGCUAAUGGCACUGAUCUGUAUGUUUUCAAAGAUGGCAUUCAGCCUAUGUGGGAAGACCCAAAAAAUCAGCAUGGUGGCCGUUGGCUUAUCAACUACACCCAUGACAUUCACGACCCGUACUGGGAAGAACUUUUGAUGCUGAUUGUGGGAAACAGCUGGGACACUGAACAAGAGUCGGAGGAAAUUUGUGGUGCAGUGUUUCAACCAAGAGCUCGUGGUGUUAAGAUAAGCUUGUGGACUUCAGACUGUGAGGACGAGGAGAGCAUUAUGCGAAUCGGUCGUCGCGUAAAAGAAGUUCUCAAUUACCCUGACCGCCUCCUCUACCAGACCGUACAGCAACAGCAGAAUGCACCAAAAGGGCAGGACUUGGCCCAGGGCAAGUACUUUGUAUAA